AUGCAAUAUCCACGUCUUCAAUUGAUUGAUUUACCUGAUGAAAUUCUUUUCGUUAUUUUCAAAAAAAUAGACAAUGUCGUAUUACUUCAUUCUUUAUUUGGCAUUAAUAAACGAGUAAAUAAAAUUUUACAAGAUCCAAUUUUUACAAGUCACUUGAAUUUACUGAAUAGGUAUUCGAAUGAUGCAGUUUAUGGACCAUCUUAUCCAAUACUUAAUCGAUUUUGUUUACAAAUUCUACCUAAAAUUCAUCAUAAAGUCAAAUGGCUUAAUCUCGAAUCAUCAUCAAUGGCAGGUUUUCUUCGUUGUACAAAUUAUCCUAAUUUAAAUGGACUCCAAAAUAAAUAA